AUGAAUAAAGUUCAGAAAGGUACUACAAAAAGAGAUUCUAUCAGCCAUCCGAUUGGCAAUCCUGGAAAAACUCCUGUAUUAUCAACCUUCGACCUCGCAUUUCCAGGACUAACAAGCAACAGCUCAAACCCAUCCUCGGAUGAUCGUAACGGACAUCGCUCACAAACCUUGACACUUAGCCGACCUCCUGUGGGCUCGAUAGGAACCUCAACAACAACGACAGACUAUUUGCAAGAAAUCAUACCGUCUGGCUUCAAGUCAGUAACCAGCGCUGUGGAAGAAGCAGUCAGGUCUCGACUGAAGGCGGUUGGCUCCAAGACCGGAUAUUAA